AUGGGGAUGGGACCAGGGAUGGGACCAGGGAGGACCAAGGAGAACCAGGGAUGGGACCAGGGAGCGAUGGAGCCGGGGAUGGGGGAAUGGAGAUGUACCGUGCAUGCACCCGCGUACCGGACGGGCAGGGAUGGGCGUCAACAAGGCUCACUGCAUUAUUAUCCCUGUGUACGCCUCACCACAGCACAGCCAGACACAGCCAGACACAGCCAGACAGAGCCAGACAGAGACACAGCCAGACAGAGACACAGCCAGACAGAGACACAGCCAGACAUAGCCAGACACAGCCAGACACACCACAGCUCAGCACAACACACCACAGCAUCGCAGGGGUCCCCAAAACGGAAAGAACGGCGAGGACCACGCAGCUCGAAGUGGGUUAGCGCCAUUAUGCAGCUUGAGGGUGAGGAAGGGAGGGAAGGGAGAAGGGAGAAGGGAGAAGGGAGAAGGGAGAAGGGAGAAGGGAGAAGGGAGAAGGGAGAGAACGAAGAGAAGGGGGAGAACGAAGAGAACGAAGAGAACGAAGAGAACGAAGAGAACGAAGAGAAGGGGGAGAAAGAAGAGAACGAAGAGAUGACGGUACAGUACAUGCAGUCCAAUACGAUGGAGUACUUGUACUGUGACUGCUAGGCGACAGGAUAGAUGGACAUGCCGACGCAACGGCGCGCCUUCGGAGCCAUCUCCUUCACCAGCACCACCGACACGAUCCACCCACCCCAUCCCUCCACCCAC